AGUUUGGGACGCGCGGUCCUAUACUGACACGUUCUAGAACAGAAGACCAUUACUAGGCAAGUGGCAUGCGAGACCGUUUUUAUCCAUGGAGAUGUCUGCGCUAUACAUCGCUUUGCUGCUGCUCCCGGAGCAUGUCAUCGACGGGAUAACCAGAUCUUAUGAAGGGACGGAGUUAGCGACAACACCGACCGUCACUUCCCCGUUACCAGGGCGAUGGCGGCUGCGGGAAAAGCGGGGCUUGUUGGAGUUGGCGGGCGUCAUUAAAUGCAGCACUGGGAGGUCGGCGGUGGCUUACAUCAUGUAUGGAUGUUACUGCGGGCUGGGAGGCCAGGGCUGGCCCCGAGACAAGGCUGACUGGUGCUGUCACAAGCAUGACUGUUGCUAUGGGAAGGCUGAGGAUCUGGGUUGUCAGACCAAGACAGACAAGUACCAGUGGACCUGUGAGAACAAGAUGGCCGACUGCGAGUCUCUCCAGGACAGGUGUGACAAGAUUCUGUGCAGGUGUGACCUAGUGUUUUCUCUGGUUAAUCCUGGGUAAUGGUGUGUGUGUGUAUUAAAGCCCUACAGUACUUGACUUUACACACUGCCCAUCUGAUUCAUGGAUCUUAUUAACAGUGUGCUUAGAUCACCAUGAUAGACCUGAUGUGGUGUACCAUUAAGUCCAUGACUGAGGAUUCAAACAGCAGUUCUAUAAACAGGUUGUAGACUGUCAUUUUCAAUGUAAAAAAAAAAACAGUAAGGUCAUAUUCUAAUAUCGCCAUCACAUACAUCUUAUGAUUUCAUCUGUAGGCCUACAAGAAAAACACAUUUUCUCAUUUCAUCUGUAGUCCUACAAGGAAAAUACAUUUUCUCAUUUCAUCUAUACAAAAAAUAUUUUUAACAAACACAAGAAGUUUGGUCACAUUCUUUAAAAAAAAUUGUAAUUUAUUCAUUUGUUUCUUUGCUAAGUCUAUAUUUUUGGGAGAAACCAGAAGAACCCAGGUAACGCAUCAGAGGGAAUCACAGUGCACCGUAACCCAGGUAACGCACCCGAGGGAAUCACAGUGCACCGUAACCAGGUAACGCAUCAGAGGGAAUCACAGUGCACCGUAACCAGGUAACGCAUCAGAGGGAAUCACAGUGCACCGUAACCAGGUAACGCAUCAGAGGGAAUCACAGUGCACCGUAACCCAGGUAACGCACCCGAGGGAAUCACAGUGCACCAUAACCCAGGUAACGCACCCGAGGGAAUCACAGUGCACCGUAACCCAGGUAACACAGAGGGAAUCACAGUGCACCGUAACCCAGGUAACGCAUCAGAGGGAAUCACAGUGCACCUGAAGCAGUACUAGCAGUUUAAUUAAAGGGACAUUCCACCACUUUUAUACCUCAUUCUUCACCUCCAGUAUCCAGUCUGUGUCCCCAAUGUCAUCCCCUAAAUAGGGCAGUACUUAUGGGUCCUGGUCAAAAGUAGUGGACUAAAUAGGAAAUAGGGUACCAUUUGGGCUGCACAGCACCUGUAGAUGAUGAUAUGAUGUCGAAAAGUGGUGAAAUUUAUCUUGAGUGAAAAUAGAAAAUCAGAAUUAAAAAAAUACAGAUAUUUAAUAAUUAAAUCUACGCAAUUAGCUACAACCAACCGCAGGACCGGUGGGACUGAAUACCGCAAAGAAUAAUGAAUCUCUUCAUGAACAAUUAAACAAAUUGAAAAUGUAAAACAACAUUUUAACAUUUGUCACAUACAAACAU